CAAUGACCCAAAUUUCCAAACCAUUAAAGACUCAAAAACAUAAACAUUUCUGACUUCCAAAAACCCUACUUUGCAUUGCCGCUACUUCUUUCUUUCGCUUAUUUCAGGUUUGAAAAUUCCACCAUUAAUGGCGCCUCCUGCUAAAGAUGGAAAGAAGGCUGAUCCCAAGGCACAGGCCUUGAAAGCUGCCAAAGCCGUGAAAUCUGGCUCAAGUACCUUGAAGAAGAAGGCGAAGAAGAUCAGGACCAAGGUUACUUUCCAUAGGCCAAAGACAUUGAAGACAGACAGGAAGCCCAAAUACCCUCGUAUUAGUGCAACACCAAGAAAUAAGUUGGAUCAUUACCAGAUCCUUAAAUAUCCAUUGACCACUGAGUCUGCAAUGAAGAAGAUUGAGGACAACAACACCUUGGUUUUUAUUGUUGACAUCCGUGCGGACAAGAAGAAGAUUAAGGACUCUGUCAAGAAGAUGUAUGAUAUCCAGGCCAAGAAAGUGAAUACCUUGAUCAGGCCCGAUGGCACCAAAAAGGCGUAUGUUCGAUUGACACCAGACUAUGAUGCCUUGGAUGUGGCUAACAAGAUUGGAAUCAUCUAAUGUGUUUUGCUCUGUAUUUGUUUUCAAGCAGAUGAUCAUCUCUGACAUUUUUGAUAGGAACUUGUUCAAUAGAAAAAACAUGUUAUUUUGAUGCUACGCAGUACCCUGAGUUUCGUUGUGGUUAGUCAUUUAUAUGCUAUUUCAGCUCUCUCUGUUUUUCGGAA